AUGUCGUGGACAAACAAUCGUAGUUUGAUCGGGAAAAUCAGCAUGGACGCAGGUUAUAAAUGCCGCGCCUUGACGCUUGGAAAGCACACCUACAGGAUUUUAAUCCUCACUGCUAUCCUCUUAUGGAUUACUCCGUCUGUUAGCAGGACCGAAACGACAUCAGCGUUUCAGCAGGGCGUUGAAUAUGUCAAACUUCGGCUCUAUCCACAAGCAGUGGAUACCUUUAAAUCGAUCUUAUCACGCGAUCCGACAGAUGUGAACGCGCUUUUCCAACUGGCAAAUGUCUAUAAAUUGCAAGAUGAACUGGCGUUAGCGAUUCAGACGUUUAACACCGUUUUGGCGCAACUUACAGCCCAGUUAAUAUUCAAACGGCAAAACUUGCCGUUGAAUGCCACAACUGCAGAUUCGGAAUCCGCCCUGACAACAGAGCGGAUUCACGGGUUAACGCACCUCGCGCUAUCAGAAGUCUACUGCAAGCAGAGCAAAUUGGACAUCGCAGAACGGCACGCCAAGGAAGCCGUUCAGAGGUAUCCCACGGAUGCGAAUACGCAUUACCGGCUCGGUUAUAUCUACACACAUCAAGCGAAAUUUGACGCUGCACUCACCUCCUUCAAACGCACCCUCGCACACAACCCCGAUUUUGCCGAAGUUUAUGAAUGGCUCGGCUUGAUUGCCCUCAUGCAACAGAAGCCACAGCAAGCGGUAGCGUAUUACCAGAAGGCAAUCGAGAGAAAGCCGUACGUUCAGAGUGCCUAUUACAACCUUGCUAAGGCUUACCGACUCCUUGGUAAUGUACCGGCAGCGACGGAACAACUUAAGGUGUUCCAGCAGAUGAAAACCUAUUAUGACCGGACCUACGCAAUCGAAAGUGCUUUGGCAGAAGAUCCAAUGAACACGACGCUUCGACUGAAAUUGGCAGAGGUCCAUCUGGCGCACAAACACAUCUCGGCAGCAAUUACGACAUAUCAAAAUCUGAUUCGGUUGAAUCCCAGAGUUGGUGGCUGGAUACGAUAA